AUGGAGAUUGGCUCGGACGCGAGCACGCCGGAUCUGCCCGAAGAAGGUGAAGUGGUCGAGGGUGUUGAGCACCGCUUCACUGCCGCGAACAUCGCGGCGUUAGCGAACGCAGCAGCAGAUGGCGACGGGGUUGUUCACCUGCCCGCGGCGGACCAGCUGUCGUCCUCCCAUUCUGACGCCAUGAGCGAUGGCACCUGGGAGAGCGCAAGCGGCCGGGUAGCCAGCCCGGUCCGGGACGACCGCGGGGAGCACGUUGGCUUGGCUAAGCUAGUUCCUGAAGACGUCGGAGAUGAUUUUUAUACCGCACAGAGCAGCACCGCGGCAGGGGCGCGCAUCCAACAAGCGCAAAAUGAAGUUGUACUUACAACUGCGGAACAACCACGUCAACAUGUUGUUCGUCCAUUGCUCACGGAAGAUCUGCGAAAGACGCAUGGCGAUAAUUCCUCCUGGGUGAGUGGGGCAGCUCCUGGUGCUGAAGCGAACGACACAAGUCAGAAUCAAGACUCCUUGUAUAAUACGAAUAACACCGGCACGACAACGACGUCCGCCUCGGUCGUAGCUACCGGCGGCUCCGCCAGCAGCAACGUCGGCAUCUUCCGAGGAUUUGCGCUCCCCGAAGACGAGUCGCAGUUGGGAGUUCUAGAAGCAGAUCUUCCUCCGUUUCGCCGCAUCCAUUCAGGGGGUCAUCUCUCGGAUCUGGCGGAGACGCUGUUCUCGAACUCGACUAACGAUGGACGUGCUCCUCGGGGCGCGUCGCGGAACCAGUCGGCCGAGCGGCGGUCUCCGUCGCUGCCGCCACCUGCGAUGCGCCGGUCUCCGCACCUGUCGCAGCCGAGCGUGUUUCUAAACGCUUCAGAUUGGUUAUCCGCGGGGGCUACACCAGCGAGCGGGGUGCCGGACCUACCGAAAGUCGCAUCAUCGCUUUCGAUGCGAAGUGUGAUGUCGGGGUCGCUUGAGAUGUCUGCCGGCUCCCGAACCGGAACCCCAGACUCUGGCUCGGCAACCGCGGGGCACGACGAGAGUCGUUCCGCUUCUAAAGAAGGCCUCCCAGCCUCGCCGGUCCUCGCACAUCAAUCGCGAGGCUUCUUGCAGCACUUCUUCGGAACACCAGCUGCUUCAUCCACACAGCAAGCCGCCUCCUCGACGCCUCAGGUGGACGAGCAAUCCUUGCUGGUUGCUCCGACUCCGGGCACUGCGAGGCAGCACGGGGCUGUGGCACCCGGAAUGGAGCUUUUCGCCUCCAACGAGGAGUCCGGGGUUGUGGAUCUCUUGAAUGCAGCAGCUGAGCAAAGCAUGGCAGCGUUGCAGUCCGGCGCGAGCAGCGCAGCAGUCGGCACUGAUGAAUCCGUUCAAGAUGUUGACGUGAUCCCUCCGACCAGUCUUCUGAACGCACUUCCAGGCGUCAGCGCUGCUUUGCGACAUGGGGGAGUAGGUGAACCCUCGUUCGUCGUGCCACCUUCAACUGCUGACCACCAGAUACCUGCGAUAACAUCAUUCCGCCCCUCUUCUACGCUGGUUGCGGCGAUUCAGCAGGCCGUUGAACAAGCACAGCAGCCAAGGCAAGCGGCUCCUGCUGCUUCGAGACCAUCGGAACCCGAACCACGACCAACCGACGAUCCUCAGUGUCGCUCUCGGGUGGAGCAGCCGCAGACCCCGACGAGAGUAGAUGAAACACCACCGCACCAGAUUGUAACACCCGUUGCCGUCAGGCCCGCAGCUGCCAGAAGCUCUUCGGGCGACGAAAUAAACACGGAGUCCUCAGCGAACGCCACGACGACGAAGCAGAAGGAGGGAGAUAGCUCUGCUGGCCACCCGCAGCCACACGAUGCGCAGUUAGAAGUACCCUCUUCCAGCGGUGCUGCUUUUCUGCAUCGUGGCGAUCAUGAUGGACCACGACAGCCAGGUACUACCAUCAGCGCUCGCACACUGGUGGAAGCUUGGGGCAGAGGUGAGGCUCCGGAGAAGAUACACUUCCGGCAGGCGAUAGCACGACUAAACAGUACAGGAACGGAGAGCCAAGAAGCUGGAUCAACUACAUCUAAACAGUGGCGGAACAACUACAACAAAUUUAACAAGAUGACUGCGCCUCCUGCGGCCUUCUCCUCAACGCGCGCGAUCCGGGCGGAGCCCUACGGAACAUCAACCGGAGCUGCCGCGGCGAGAGGGCAACAUGAUCAGGAGGAUCAGUCGACGAGGGAAGGCGACGAAGGACACAACCGAGGACAGGAUUUUCGUGGCAGCUUUCGGUCCAGCACAGGUGCUCUGCCGGGCAAUGCAGGAGAAAAUAAAG